CCCCCCUCAUCCUCUCCGCUCCUCUCUCUCUCUCUCUCUCUCUCUCUCUCUCUCUCAAACCCCCCUCGAUCGCAUGGAUCCCGAGAGCCCUAAGGACUCCUCCGGCGCCUUCAGCGACUGCAGCAGCGACCGCUCCGGCGAGUUCCCCCCGUCCCCCGCCGCCGCGGCCGCCGGCGGAGGAGGAGGAGGGGGAGGAGCCGCGUUCCAGCGGCUGCUCCUGUCCUGCGCCGCCGAGUCCUCGGACGAGGUGAUCCGCGGCCUCGUCGCCGAGCUCGAGUCGGGCUCGGCGCCCGUGGAGUCCCUCCGGCGCGCGGCCAUGGAGCUCCGGCUCCUGGCGAAGCACAACACGGAGAACCGGCUCCGCAUCGCGGGCGCCGGGGCGGUGCGGCCCCUGGUGGCGCUCCUCGCCCACGCGGACCCGCAGCUCCAGGAGCACGGGGUGACCGCGCUCCUCAACCUCUCCCUCUGCGACGAGAACAAGGCCGCGAUCGCCGAGGCCGGAGCGAUCCGGCCCCUCGUGCGCGCGCUCAAGACCGGGACCCCGGCCGCGCGGGAGAACGCCGCGUUCGCCCUCCUCCGCCUGGCCCAGCUCGACGGCCUCUCCGCCGCGAUCGGCCGCGCCGGCGCGAUCCCGCUGCUGGUGGCGCUCCUCGAGGCCGGGUCCGCGCGCGGGAAGAAGGACGCGGCGGCGGCGCUGUUCGCGCUCUGCUGCGGCGGCGGCGGGGGCGCGCGGGAGAACCGGGCGCGGGCGGUGGAGGCCGGGGCGGUGCGGCCGCUGCUGGACCUGAUGGCGGAGCCGGAGUCGGGGAUGGUGGACAAGGCGGCGUACGUGCUGAACGCGCUGGCGGCGUCGGCGGAGGGGCGGGCGGCGGCGGUGGAGGAUGGCGGCAUCCCCGUGCUGGUGGAGAUGGUGGAGGCCGGCACCCCCCGGCAGAAGGAGAUCGCCACCCUCGCCCUCCUCCAGAUCUGCGAGCACUGCGCCGCCCACCGCGUCAUGGUCGCCCGCGAGGGCGCCAUCCCCCCGCUCGUCGCCCUCUCCCAAUCCCCCGCCGCCAAGCCCAAGCUCAAAAUCAAGGCGGAGGCGUUGAUAGAGCUAUUGCGUCAACCGAGGUGUGCCGGCGCGCGCGCGUCGGAUUAAGGCGGGGCGAAGAAGAUGCGGACAAAAAGGAGUCCACGUGGCGCGAUCUCAGGAUGGGUGAGGGGACCAGGGGCUUUAUCCUAUUCCUCCCCACCUUGGGGAUGUAAAUAUGCGACCGCGACGAGCGUGUGUAUAUUUCUAGAGCGAGUUAAAAAAAAAAAACGAAAAAAAAGAAAAGAAAAGAAAAGGAAAAAAACCCUUUUUUUUAAUUUUCCUUUUAUUUCUAUGCUCUUUUUCUUGUACACUUAUUAUUAUUAUUAUUAUUGAAAGAGUGAGAGAGAGAGAGAGAGAGAGAAAAAGAUGGGGUGGUUUUGUUGGUGUGUGUGUUUGUGUGUGGAUAUUAAAAUGCGUUCUCAGUAUCGCGUUGUUUUUUCUUUUUUUUAAAAAAAAAAAAAAAUUAUUGGCUUCAGUUUAAUUAUUAUAAAUGAAUAAUUAAAGAUUUAGCAAAAGUAUGAGAUUUGAUUAGUGGAGUGUGUUGAAAUAAUCAAAGUUGUAUGAAAAGAGGGGAAAAUAAAAAGGGGAGUGGAAACGAUUGGCACGGGCGUGGGAAGCGCGUUGCCACGUGGUAGGCCGCGUAUCGAAGAGCUUUAGAUGGUGGUGGUGGGGUCGGACCUCGUGCGAGGGUGUGUCCCACGUAGCGGGUCGGUGUGAUGGUGACACGUGGCAGCCAUACAUGCGACAAGUCUAGUACAUGGGUGUUAUGGGAGUGUGUCUUUUACGAUGGCAAAAAAAAAAAAUUAACAUAAAAUGAUCAAAUUAAUUUUGAUUAGACGCUUCGCUGCUACCUUGUUGGCGGGAAAAUUGUCGGCGGACACGUGGUGCGAUUUGAUCCGUCCGCCAACAUAGUGUCCGUAGAUGGUCAGGCCGAGUCAGAUUUAGUCUCAUAUGUGGAUCGAAAAAGAGACGAUGCAGUCGAAUUCAAUUUUUGAGAAAGGAAAGGUUCGACCGAUGCGUCGUCGGCUUUCGAGGUUCGUCCGACCGUUUCGACCAAAGUCGAAGGAAUGUACGUAGAAGAUGGAGUCUGCACGAAUGGAGGUGCACAGAGCAGAAGUCCGUUUGCUGGUGAGGACAAGGUGGCCCGGCGAUGACCGGAUCGGCGACAGUCGCGGGUGGAUGCCGUUGGACAAGACAUUGUCUUAAAGUAGGCGGUAAUAAGCUACAACUAUUCCUAAAUUACGUUAUAACUAUCUCGAGGCUAUGUUAUGACUACUACUGCUCGUAGGAUGUGAGAUAUAGACUACUACCUGAAAUAAUGUUUGGAACUA